GGGAGAAACAGAUUGGAGUUGCUCGCUCUUUGCACCCAAAACCCAAACCCUAAUGCUUGUGGGUUAGUCUGUCUGUCAUUGAUAGUUUUUGAUUGGCUUUGUAGAUUAUGGCUUCAGAAAGCGCUUCUCGAUCGAGCUCAGCGGCCGAUUCCUACAUUGGCAGCUUGAUCAGCUUGACCUCUAAGAGUGAAAUCAGAUAUGAAGGGGUUCUGUACAAUAUCAAUACCGAUGAGUCCAGUAUCGGCCUCAGGAAUGUACGGUCUUUUGGAACUGAAGGAAGAAAAAAGGAUGGGCCACAAAUUCCCCCUGGUGACAAGGUUUAUGAGUAUAUACUGUUCCGUGGGAGUGACAUCAAGGAUUUACAGGUUAAAUCCUCUCCACCUAUCCAGCCUACUCCACCAAUAAACAAUGAUCCAGCUAUUAUCCAGUCUCAAUAUCCCCAUCCUGCUGCCACACCUACAAGCUUUCCUUCUGCUGCAAGCGGGUCUUUGACUGAUCUUAGUUCCCAUACCACACAGCUUGGACUGCCUGGGUCAAAUUUCCAAGGGCCCCUGCCUUUGUAUCAAUCUGAUGGGAACAUAGGCUCAUGGGGGGCUUCGCCACCGGUCCCAAGUGCAAAUGGUGGUGGCCUUGCUAUGCCAAUGUAUUGGCAAGGAUAUUAUGGUGCCCCAAAUGGGCUCCCUCAUUUACACCAGCAAUCUUUACUUCGACCACCACCAGGCUUAUCGUUGCCUUCAUCUAUGCAGCAGCCAAUGCAGUACCCUAACUUUAAUCCCUCUUUACCCUCUGGGUCUUCAAAUAUGCCAGAACUGCAACCAUCAUUACUACCUGCCAGUUCUAGUUCUCCUAGUAUAACAUCCGCUUCCUUACCACCAGUAAAUCUUCCAUCAACUUUGCCUCCUGCACCCUCUGCUUCAUUAGCUUCUGAAACAUUUCCAGCAUCAGUACCAAACAAAGCACCAACUGUUCUGCUUCCAGCAUCCACAUUAGCUGCUAACUUACCAUCACUGAAUCCUAUGACCACAUUCAAUCCAGAUAUAAAUGUUAUAGUGCCACCAAUCUCCAACAAAUCUAAUGCAAUUCCUUCUUCAAGUUUGCCAUAUCAAACUGCAUCUCAAUUUGCUCCUGCAGUUGUUGGGUUAUCAAAUACUACCCGUACAGAAGCACCUGUCCCUUCUUUGGUAACUCCAGGUCAAUUGUUGCAGAGCGGGCCAGCAUUAGUUUCUUCUUCUCAACCUACGCAAACAUCCCAUAAGGAUGUUGAAGUGGUUCAGGUAUCAUCAACAUCAUCUCAGGAGCAGUCUGUGCCAGUUUCUGCUGAAACUAAACCCCCAAUACUGCCAUUGCCAACAACUUCAGGGGCCAGUCACAAGCCAAGUGGAGCUCUCAUUCAGACUCAUCAUUAUUAUGGUUACAGAGGAGGACGUGGAAGGGGGAGAGCCAUGGGGGGUUCACGCCCAGUCACAAAUUUUACUGAAGAUUUUGAUUUCAUGGCAAUGAAUGAGAAAUUUAACAAGGAUGAAGUAUGGGGUCAUCUUGGCAAAAGCAACAAGGCUCACUCAAAAGAGAAAGAGGCUGAGGAAGAUGUCAGCGAUGAAGAUGGUAUUCAUGAUGAGGACUAUGGUGAAGUAUCAAAAUUUGAGGUCAAGCCUGUUUAUAAUAAGGAUGAUUUCUUCGACUCACUCUCAUCCAGCGCGCUUGAUCACAAUUCCCAAAAUGGAAGGACCAGAUAUCCUGAACAAAUUAAGAUUGAUACUGAGACAUUUGGUGAUUUUGUGAGGUACCGUGGUGGUCGAGGGGGACGUGGUCCUUGGCGUGGAGGUGGCGGUGGCCGUUUUCGAGGUGGCUAUUAUGGAAGGGGUUAUGGCUAUAUGGGAAGGGGAAGAGGACGCGGUAUGCCGAGCCGCCCAUAGUUGGCAGUGUAGAUUCAAGUUUAGAUUAUCAUGAGAAAAGAGAGUCAAGCCCCUGGCUAAAGUUAGCCUAAAUUAUCCCAAGGCACAAUAGUUUGUAUUUUCUGUGUUUCAUUUUAAAGGUUGACAUUUUUUAUCCAAUUUGUCAUGAUAGCUUCUUUCCUUGCCCAUAAAGGAAAGCGCCUGGUUUUGGGGGAAGUAUACUUCUACGCCAUCUUAUUUUAGCUUAUUUAGAAGGCUAAGUCUAGUUAGUGUAUAGAGCAGUUUGAUUUGCCAUCUUUAAAAUGGAGCUUAGUUGUCUAUUUCAGAUGUGCUUAUUUUCAUACCGUGUGCAUUGUAAAUGCAAGUUGCAACUUGAUUCCUAAUGUCAUUUGUAGAUUGGGGCUUAUUAUGUGUAA